AUGCCAUCCAACCCUUUCUCGCGCCUCAUGAGCACCUCUAGCUCAUCAGACACGGCAUCAAUCAACACAACCUCAUCCACAACAUCAAGUACAAAGCUACUACAGAAGAGCGACACCAUCUCCACAUAUUCGACCAUCAGCAACACAUCCUCCUCUGAACCAGAAGCAUCGAAAAAGACAACAGAUACUCGUCUAUCGCCGGGGGAAAAGCAAAAGAUCAAGCAGCAAGAUCGUAUAAGCAUGCAAACAUUGGCCAUGCAUGCUGCACUCAGGUAG